AUGGAAAUUAGGAACAACGUGACAGAGUUUGUUCUCCUCGGGCUCACCAGAAACCCAAGCAUGCAAAAAAUCGUAUUUGCUGUAUUUGUCAUCAUAUACAUCAUCUCCAUGGUAGGCAAUGUCCUCAUCGUGGUCACUAUCACUGCCAGUCCAUCAUUGGGCUCACCUAUGUACUUUUUCUUAGCUUAUCUUUCUUUCAUUGAUGCCUGUUAUUCCUCUGUCAAUACUCCUAAACUGAUCAUAGACUCACUCCAUGAAAAAAAGACCAUCCUAUUCAAUGAAUGCAUGACCCAGGUCUUUGGGGAGCAUUUCUUUGGAGGGGCUGAGGGCAUCCUGCUUACUGUGAUGGCCUAUGAUCGCUAUGUGGCGAUCUGCAAGCCCUUACACUACACAACCAUCAUGAGCAGAAGGGUAUGUGGCCUGCUGCUAGGAGUGGUAUGGGUGGGAGGUUUUCUUCAUGCAACCAUACAGAUUCUGUUUAUAUUUAGAUUACCUUUCUGUGGCCCAAAUGUCAUAGAUCACUUUAUGUGUGAUCUGAACCCUUUGCUUAAUCUUGCCUGUACUGAUACUCAUAUCCUGGGGCUCUUUGUUGCUGCCAAUAGUGGUUUUAUUUGUCUGUUAAACUUCCUCCUCCUGUUGAUUUCCUAUGUGGUCAUCCUCCGUUCAUUAAGAAGCCACAGUGCAGAGGGGAGGCGCAAAGCUCUCUCCACCUGUGUCUCCCACAUAACAGUGGUUGUCUUGUUUUUUGUGCCCUGCAUUUUUGUAUACAUGAGACCUUCAGCCACUUUGUCUAUUGAUAAAGCAGUUGCUGUGUUCUAUACUAUGAUAACUCCCUUGUUAAAUCCUUUAAUCUACACCUUGAGAAAUGCUCAGAUGAAAGAUGCCAUUAAGAAAUUGUGUAGAUGGGAAGAUGAUGUUAUUUCCAUCAACAAAUAA